AUGACAACAUUCUUGUCCUCGAGCAACCUGUCAUUAUACACCGUGCCGGUGGCAUGGUGGCUGUGCAUGGCGCCCCACUUGUACGCAAUCGAACGAUACCGAUAUAUCAUGAACUCAGCGUCCACGGACUCCAUCAAACCCGGGACUAAGAAGCAGUUGGAAUUCGACAGAACUCAACCAAGAACGUUUCUCUCGCGUCUCGAGGCCAAUCCGCAUCCGGCUUUAACUCCUGAGCUCAAAACACGCCUUGCUCGAGCCGAAGCGGCGUCUCUGAACGGCUACGAAAAUCUGGGGUUCUUCGCGGCUUCUGUCGUCGCAGCCAACAUCAGUUUGAUCGUCGUUCACGCUAACGAAGGCCAGUCGUUCAGCAAGGAGUUGUACUAUGUCAAUUGCCAUUGUCUUGGGUACCUUGCGAGCCGGAUUCUGUUCAGUUGGUCAUAUGUUGAAGGCGCCAGAGGUCCCCAUCGGGGAGUCUACUUUUAUACCGGCCUCGCUUGCGCAUCCGCGCUGUUCAUCCACGCCGGCAAUGCUCUGAGAAAGCUUGUGAAAUGA